UUUUUGAGAUCUUUUGUGACAUUUUAUGUAUUUCUCUCCUGCCUCCAGAUUACAGGACCUGACAAUAAAGGAAUUUAUAAAGGAGACCGAGAGUCCAGUGGGAAGUACACAUUUGCUGCUCACAUGGAUGGAACAUACAAGUUUUGUUUUAGUAAUAGGAUGUCUACCAUGACUCCCAAGAUAGUGAUGUUCACCAUUGACAUUGGGGAGGCUCCAAAAGGACAAGACAUGGAAACAGAAGCUCACCAGAACAAGCUAGAAGAAAUGAUUAAUGAACUGGCAGUGGCAAUGACAGCUGUAAAGCACGAACAGGAGUACAUGGAAGUCCGGGAGAGGAUACACAGAGCCAUCAAUGACAACACAAACAGCAGAGUGGUCCUUUGGUCCUUCUUUGAAGCUCUUGUUCUAGUUGCCAUGACAUUGGGACAGAUCUACUACCUGAAGAGAUUUUUUGAAGUCCGGAGGGUUGUUUCAAAGGCCUUUUCCUGAUGAUCCCAAACUCACAAUUCACUUGUUUACCAAACAUCUUGGUCAUAAUAAUGUCAUUAGUUUUUACAUUUUUAUUUUCUGAACUGUACAUUCACAGCUUAUGUUUCUUUGUGAUUAAUAGAUUUUUGGGGAAAAACCUUCUUAGGAAAGUUGUAGUGAAAAUUUGAUAUUUGAUUGGCAUAAAAUUUCUUAUUUGAAUGUUGCCUCUAUCAUACAGGUCCUUCCAGAACUCAACCACUGUAAAUGAAAUAUAGGAGUAUAGUCUUUAUUAUGUCUUAUUUCCCUUUUGUAGUAAAUGCAGGAAAGCAACACAAAGCCUGAUGGUACUUUACUAAAAUGGCUGCAUUCUUUGGACUCCCUCAUCCUGUGGUUCAAGUCGUUAAAGUUUCAUUUUGUUGACUCAUGGAGUGAAGCAACAGUCUGAAUCUUGACAUUUUCUGCCCAGCCUAAUGGCAGUGCUAUCUGACUGAGGAGUGUACUAUCAGGCUGGGUGUGUUUAUAUUUGGUCUUUUUGUUUUGUUUUACACAUAAGACUUACCCCAAAUUUUUACAUAUGACCUUAGGACUCAAUCACCUCCACAAAUAUUGAUGACACAAGCAGCUAAUAAUCUUUUCUUUUUUUGUUUGUUUCCGCCUAACCUCAUAAGAAGUCUUGAUUCUCUGGGUAUUUGAGCAAAUGCUAGCUUUUCUUUUCUGCACUGGCACAGCCCCUUUUUCAAGCUUGGCACAUGGGAAGUGUUCAUUCACGUAAUUGGAAAAAA